CAACAGAAUGGUUUUCAAAGUUUUUAGAUUUUCGUUAAAAUGAGAUUUGUUACCACAAAAUGACUAAAUCGGAAUCGAUUUAUAAACGAACUGUUGUUGUGACUCGAACAAUAUUAGGAUACGAAUUAAGUGCAAAACAAGAUGUGAUCGCGAAUUAUUUAAUACCAGCAAUAACCGGUUGUUUAUGUUACAUAUUAUUAUUUGCGGCGGAUUUAGGAACAGUUUAUAGACAUUUUGAAGAAGAAAAUCCAGUAUGGGCUUCACUAACUUUAUUGUUUAUGUUUCUACCGGUUAUAGGAUGUUUUAUUUGGGUGAUAUCAUCGUGGGAGUUAUGGCCUGAAAUUGAAGGAUGCGGACGUAACAAUGUGAAAUGGGCUUUAUGGAAAGUUUUGCAACAUUUCUUUUUUCCAGUAUGGAGUAUGUGGAGAUACGCCGAAAAAAUAUUUUGGUCUAUUGAAGCAUUAAUUCAAAUCAACGAUGAAGAAAAAAAAGAUGAAGCAUUAGAAAAUGUAAACGCUCCUAGAAUUAUUGAGUUUUACUUUUUUCUUCAAGCGUUUUUACAAGGUAUCCCACAAAUUAUUUUACAAAUUCACAUUUUAUUAAGAGUUUCCACUCUUAUUGAUAUUUCAACAAUUUACAUCCAAGCAUCAAGUAUUAUUUUAAAUUUAAUAAAAUUAUCAAUAACAACUACUCAAUAUCAACGUUUUAAAUCACAGAAAUUAGGUGGAAAAGAUUAUCCUUGGUUUAAAGCCUAUAAAUAUGAUUAUUGCCCUACAAUUGACACUGUUGAUGCUGCGGUGCCAACAAGAAGACGAUUCGUACCACAAAUUUCAAAGGUGGAUAAAAAAGGAAUUGUUUACGCAACAAGAGAAAAUGCAGCUCGUUUAAAAUUGGAAGUAGAAUCUCGAAAUAAUACCCCAUUACCAAGAAAUCCAAGAAUGACUCGAAGACCAAGUAGUGAUUUGUAUAUGUUACCAUCGGGAAUAGUAGAGAAUGUGGAUAAAAAUAUUGAUGUAAUGGACGUUUUAAGAGAAACGUCGGUGAUUGACGGACCACAAAGAAGGCUUUUCGUUGGAUCUGAUGAUGAGUUUGUUUAUCCACGACGUUUAAAUGACAUUAAAGGUCUUCCAGAAGAUGAUAUUGUAGGAAAAUUUAUCGCUUUUUGUUGGUGGUUUAAUUUUUUAAUUGCUCGAUUUUUGGCAAUUUGUUCAUUCGCGUAUUUUUAUCCAAAAGAUAUUAUUUGGCUAAUGAGUUUACAUUUUGUUAUAGUCGAAGCAUUUUUACUAUACGAUGUUAAAACCAUUUUUGUACGUCACACGAGGGCGGUAUUUUUUAUUUUUAUCGGUUUGAUUUAUAUCUUCUGUAUUAUAGAGUUUAUGAAAAAAUUUAAAAACGUCAAAUUUGUGUAUUACGGAUUUUUCACAUUGGUUUUUAUCGAAAAUUUUACUAUGUGUGGCGUUUGGUUUAAUUCAUCCUAUAUGGAUUAUGAUGGUUUUGUAAACGAUUGGUGGUAUCAGUAUAUUUUUUAUAUGGUUUUAAUUUGUACGUUACUUAGUAUGUCUUCUAUGAUUUUUUAUAUUAUUAUUAAUAAACCAAAAAGUGUUGUUGUUGAUGAGGAAGUUGUUCCUAAUGAAAUAUGAUUUUUAUUAAUAUAUUAUUUAAGUAAC